UAUCACAGUGAAGUGGAAAACAAGAGAGCUGAGACUCUUUUUUUUUUUUGCUUGGUUUUAUAAAAUGUUUUAGUUCUUUGUAUUCAAAUGUUUUUAUUAAUGUAAACCACAUUGAGUCACCUUGUGUAUGAAGUGCGCCAUAUAAAUAAAUUAGCUUUGCUUUAUUAGAAUUUAGAAAGGGAAUCAACUUUCCUUGUUCUUCUCAUCAGUGUGACAGUGCAGAUCCCUGUACUUAGAUGCACUUGGGGCUCCACACAUGAUAAACAAAUCUAUGAAACUCUUGCAGAUGGCUCAAAGUUAUUAAUACAACACAAAUCAAGUCAAAUACAUGUUAGGGAAAAUGUAGAGUCCCAAAUGUAUGACAAGUUAAUGCUAUAAGGGGCUUAUUGGGAAAUUGUUUAAAAUACAUCCUAUGACUGCCAUCCAUGAUCUGCUUGAAAUGGUGUCUGAUGGAGCUAGCUUUUUCUCUUUUGUUUCCUUUUUUUGUGAUAGCAGCUCUACUUGCAGAGGUGAGAGUUUUUACUGUUCCUUUCUAGGUUUACUUAAAAACAGCACUGUUUGUUUUCCUGUGGAAAUGCUGUUAAUUGUUUUGGAAGCAUGUGCUGUUGUCAGUUACUCUUCACAUGCUCACAUGUUAAGCAUGCACUGUCACAUCAGUCAAGUUAUUUAUUGAAUUAAAUAUUGUUAAUAUUUUGCCAUAUUUAAUCCCUAUUUGCUCAUGCGCUUCCCUCUCUCUCCCUCCUUGUCCCAACCCCAGGUGACCUAGUUGUUGAGGAUAGAAAAGGGCAGCUGCUCCCUCCCUCAAAUUCUGUCUGACUCCCGUCAUGGCAUCCUCUGUGAUCAGCCGUCAUCUUUUGCUGUCCUGCCACAAAAGCCUGCACCUCAGUCUUUCAGGAUGCCGAUAUGCAAGCAAAGUGGCAACCAAGACCCAGGUGAACUUGGAUUAUGAUGGACCCUCCAUGAAAACUGAAAUCCCUGGACCAAGAUCACAGGCGCUGACAAAACAACUGGGAGAUAUUCAGAAUGUUGGCGCUAUCAACUUCUUUUGUAACUAUGAGGAGAGCAGGGGGAAUUACGUGGUGGAUGUGGAUGGCAACCGAAUGCUGGACAUCUACACUCAGAUCUCUUCCAUUCCAAUUGGAUACAACCAUCCUGCUCUCCUCAAACUGAUGUCCAACCCCAACAAUCUGAGUACAAUUGUGAACAGGCCAGCCCUCGGGAUAAUGCCUCCUGAGAAUUUUCCUGACAAAAUCACAGAAAGUCUUCUUUCAGUGGCUCCAAGUGGACUGAGUCGUGUCCAGACAAUGGCCUGUGGUUCAUGCUCCAAUGAGAAUGCAUACAAGGCCAUGUUUAUCUGGUACAGGAAUAAAGAGCGGGGCCACAGCUCACCAUCUGAUGAAGACCUCAAUUCCUGCAUGAUAAACCAGAGCCCAGGUUGUCCAGACUUCAGUAUUUUAUCUUUCAUGGGUGGUUUCCAUGGUCGAACUCUGGGUUGCUUGGCUACGACACACUCCAAAGCAAUACAUAAGCUGGAUGUGCCCUCUUUUGAUUGGCCGAUAGCCCCAUUCCCCAGACUUCAGUAUCCAUUGGAAGAGUUCAGCAGAGAGAAUGCGCAGGAAGAGGCUCGGUGUUUGGAGGAGGCAGAGGACCUGAUCGUUAAGUGGAGAAAGAAGGGUAAGCCUGUUGCUGGGAUUGUAAUCGAACCCAUACAAGCUGAAGGAGGAGAUAAUCACGCCUCUCCGGAUUUCUUCAGGAGUCUCCGAAAAAUUGCACAGAAGCAUGGCUGUGCUUUCCAUGUGGACGAGGUCCAAACUGGAGGAGGGUGCACGGGAAAGUUCUGGGCCCAUGAGCACUGGGGCAUUGAGGACCCCGCUGACAUUGUCUCUUUCAGCAAGAAGCUUCUGACUGGUGGCUUCUACUACAAGCUUGAAUUCCAGGCUGAUAAGCCCUACCGCAUCUUUAACACAUGGAUGGGUGACCCUUCAAAGAACUUGUUACUGGCUGAGGUCCUUAGUGUGAUCCGCAGAGAAAACCUUCUGGUGGAGGUGAACCGUUCAGGAAAAGCCUUGAUGAAUGGCCUGUAUGAAUUACAGGCUCAGUUCCCUGGAAUCGUGAGUAGAGCUCGAGGACAAGGAACCUUCUGUGCCAUCGAUGUCUGCGAUGAUGAAACACGCAGCAACAUACUUGUGAAGGCACGAAAUAAGGGUAUCUUGCUUGGAGGGUGUGGGGAUCGGUCAAUCCGUUUCCGUCCAUCCCUGGUCUUCAAGGAGUACCACGUGCACAUGUUCCUCAACAUAUUUAAUGAUGUGUUGGCCCAGAUCAAAUGAUAAGCAAAAUAACAUUCUAAGAAGAAAUCCAGAAUAGAAGGAAACCUCCUUACAACCCACUGACAAGAGAAGCACAAGCCACACUAAUGAAAAAGAACUUUGAAAGAGCCAAGGUCGGUUGAGUUUAACCGAGCCACAAGAUUGAUAACAAUGUCCCCGUACAUGUGAUGUCAUGAACCUAUGAAUUGAUUUUUUUUUUUAAAUUUCACAUCAGUGUUGUGAUUCUAUAAAUCAGUGUGGGACUGACAGUCAACCGAAGUGAAGGUGAAUCUAUCACGUGGACAGACAUAAAGUGCCAAUGCAGUAGGUGAAGUAUCCAACGUGCAACACUGUAAACUACAGUAUAUUCUUUACCAACAUCACUCCCCUUGUAAAUAUAAACAGGUUAUUUUCAAAAGAUACUGUACUCCCUUUUAAAUGUUGUAGUCCAUUUUUCAUUAAACACAAACUGAUGGCUCAUCUCCUAUGCACCAGUUCCACCGGAUUCUCAUCAAAGACUACAAUGAAUAUGUGAUGAAAUCUGAUUUCAUUUCACAUUCAUAAAAAUGUCGUAAACCAAGCUAUUUUGUCAUACAAGUAUUGAGUGUCUUUAUGUAUAACUACUUGUCCCUUUACAAUAAGAAUUAGUCAUGCAUGUAUGGACCUGAAACAUACUGUGCAAUCGUUUUUGUACAGUUUUUGGAGUUUUGUUACUUCUUUUGAAAAAAAAUGACAUUCAUUAAUUCUUUAUGAAUCUCACAGAAGUUACGAAUGAUUUGCAAACCAUCAACAGCAGAACAAUUCUACCCUUUGUAAGACUAGCCAUCUUAAAAUUGUAGGACCAUUAUUUUGACAGCAUCAAUUACAUGUAAAUGACCCCAAAAAGUACUCCCAGCUUUAACUCUAUGUUCAGAGCAACAAAAUGGAUUUAUACCCUUAUCAUGUCAUCACUAAAAUUGCCACAAAUACUUGUUUGAGUAAUCAGAUCAUCUUUGAUGCAGUAUUCAUUGCAGUGUCCCAUUUAAAAUGUCUGCCUGUCGUCUUGCUAUUAAUAUGAAUGACUCCGCUUCAUAUGUAGUAGCACAGACAAAUGCCAACCUCAAAUUGACCAAGAAAAGCUCUCUGACCAUUUACUGCCUGAUACCUGGCAUUUCUUACUUGUUAAUCAGAGAACACUGGAGACAGAAAUAGCCAUCCAUCCAUUUUCUGAGUCGCUUAUCCUCAUGAGAAUCGCGGGAGUGCUGGAGCCAAUCGCAGAUGUCAUCAGGGAGGGAGAAAUAUCAUGUACUUUUUUUUCCAAAAAACAUCAAGAAGGAAUGAAUAAUUAGCACUGUCUGGUGUUUUUCUAGAACUGUUUGAAAAUGUAUUGCCCGAUACUUGGUAUUUUUUAUUAGUUUUAUUGUUUUUGUUUAUUGUUAAAAUUGUUUUAUCAUUCUCUCAAAUCAUGCAGUGAUUGUGGCAGGUCAUAAAAGCCCAUUCACUUUAUUCCCAUGAACAGAACAGACUUUAUUUGACUGCUAUCGGCCCUUAGUGUUUUCUUUGGAAAGAACAUGUUGAACGAAUAAAAUAAAAAACUAAAACCAAAUGUUACUCACUAGCUACAGGUCAACGAUAUGGAAUCCCAUAGGUUGAGGUGGUUUAUUUUCUUUAUUCAACUUUGAAGGCUAAAGAUGUGCUUGUGCUCUGUGCUGGAAAAUUCGCUGUGUAAGUUCAAAAUCGAGUGGACUCAAGUUAUUCAACUUAAAUGGAUGUGAUUUUUACAAGGAUAUUGCGCUUAAUGUCUAACAGCUUCAUAGCACAUUCAUAUGUGUUUGUGUAAAUUCAAAAGAUGCAUGUGAAAUUAUCUUUGAACACUGCGACAUCAUGUCAGACAAUCUUUGUGAAUGUUCCAUGUAGUCUUUUGAGCAGGUGUCAGAAACGUGUAUCCAGUAAGAUACCAUCUGUCUUGUUUAAAAUACUUAAACAUAGUGUACAUUAAAAUUUUCUCUGGAACUGUUUCCUUGGUUAACGCUGAGGAAUCCAAAAUAUAUACAGGAUUCUAAUACUGUGAGUAUGUGUGUUCA